UGGGCUCGGUUCCUCGUCGGCGGCUGCUUGCCCUCCUCCCUCGCCGCCCGCCCGGCCAGAGACGCGCGGAGCCAGCCGGCGCUGCCAACUCGCGGGCGAUGCUGCUCCUCCGCCCGCCGCCGCGUCUUCCUCUUCCUCCUCCUCCUCCUCCUCCUUCAUCCUCCUCUUCCUCCGGUCCUUCCGAGACCCUCUCCAGCCUCCUCCGCCCGGGGGGCAGCUCCCCAAACCGAGACCUGGUCCACGAAGACACUGGUUCCGUGUGGUGCACCGGACAGUCUCCCUGAUGCCUACUAGACCUUGGGAGCGUUAUGGAUUUGACUAAGAUGGGGACAAUCCAGCUCCAGAACCCCAGCCAUGCCACGGGGCUUCUGCAGAAGGCCAACCAGAUGCGGCUGGCCGGGACCUUGUGCGACGUGGUCAUCCUGGUGGACAGCCAGGAGUUCCACGCCCACCGGACCGUCUUGGCUUGCACCAGCAAGAUGUUCGAGAUCCUCUUCCACCGCAGCAGCCAGCAUUACACCUUGGACUUCCUCUCGCCAAAGACCUUCCAGCAGAUCCUGGAGUAUGCCUACACGGCCACGUUGCAGGCGAAAGUGGAAGACCUGGAUGACCUCCUUUACGCCGCCGAGAUCUUGGAGAUCGAGUAUUUAGAGGAGCAGUGCUUGAAGAUCCUGGAGACCAUCCAGGCCUCGGAAGACAACGACGGAAGCGCGGCGGAAGAGGAAGAGGACCGGAAGGCCAAAUACGCGAAAAAUAUCCUCAUCUCCAAGCAUUCCAGUGAAGAGAGCGGCUACUCCAGCCUGGCCGGACCUUUGGUGGAGCAAAGCCCUUCCGUCUCCACCUCCUUCGGCCUCUCCGCCAUGAGUCCCACCAAGGCCGCGGUGGACAGCCUGAUGACUAUUGGCCAGUCGCUGCUCCAAGGAGCCUUGCAGCACGGCGUUUCUGAGGACUUGCAAGUUGGUGGCCACCACUCUUGUUCCACGGAAGCCAUGCAAGUGGAGGAGGCCUCCAGCCAUGAAAGCCCCCGGGCGUCCGAUUCUGGCGGGGACCGAGCCGAGGACAAAGGCAAACAAGGGCCCGGCACCCCGACGCGCAACAGCGUCAUCACCAGCGCCCGGGAGCUCCAUUAUCCCCGCGACGACAACCCCGACCAGCCCUCCGAGGCGGGCCACGGCACGCCCCCGUCCACGGGGGGCUCGGAGAAGCUGAUGGGGGUCUAUUCCAUGUUGCCGAACCACAAGGCCGAGUCCAUGCUGGGUCUCCCCUCCGCCAUGGCCCCCUCCUUGCAGGUGCAGCCGGCCCUGGCCGUCUCCAUGGACUUCGGGGCCUACGGGGGUCUCCUCCCGCAGGGCUUCAUCCAGAGGGAGCUCUUCAGCAAACUCGGGGAACUGGCUGUGGGGAUCAAGAGCGAGAGCCGGGCCGAGCAGUGCAGCGUCUGUGGGGCCGAGCUGCUGGACAACGAGGCGGUAGAGCAGCACCGGAAACUGCACAGUGGAAUGAAGACGUACGGGUGCGAAUUAUGCGGGAAGCGGUUCCUGGACAGCUUACGCCUCCGGAUGCACUUAUUGGCUCAUUCAGCGGGUGCCAAAGCCUACGUCUGCGAUCACUGUGGUGCACAGUUCUCUAAAGAAGACGCCCUUGAAACUCACCGGCAGACACACACUGGCUCCGACAUGGCGGUCUUCUGCCUUCUCUGCGGGAAACGGUUCCAGACCCAAACGGCCUUGCAGCAGCACAUGGAGGUGCAUGCCGGAGUGCGCAGCUACAUUUGCAGCGAGUGCAACCGCACUUUCCCCAGCCACACCGCCCUCAAGAGGCACCUGCGCUCCCAUACAGGGGACCACCCGUACGAGUGUGAGUUCUGUGGCAGCUGCUUCCGGGACGAGAGCACUUUGAAAGGCCACAAGCGCAUCCACACUGGAGAGAAGCCCUACGAAUGCAACGGCUGUGGCAAGAAGUUCAGCCUCAAGCAUCAGCUGGAGACUCACUAUAGGGUCCACACAGGCGAGAAGCCCUUCGAGUGCAAGCUCUGCCACCAGCGCUCCCGCGAUUACUCGGCCAUGAUCAAGCAUCUCAGAACCCACAACGGGGCCUCGCCCUACCAAUGCACCAUCUGCCUGGAGUACUGCCCCAGUCUUUCCGCCAUGCAGAAACACAUGAAAGGCCACAAGCCGGAGGAGAUCCCCACUGACUGGAGGAUAGAGAAGACCUACCUGUACCUUUGCUAUGUCUAAAAGGGACAGCCGGAGGGAUCGAGGGAUGCAGGCAGGAAGGAAAGGAGGAAGGAUUGGGCAAAAAACAAAAACAAACCAACAUCCCUGAAAUAGUCCUUGGCUUCUCUCCUCUCCUUCUUCUCCCUUCCUUUGUUUCCCUUCUCCUUGUUCCUUGUGCUCUUUCUAUCCAUUAUAAUUUGCCAGUUGAGAGCAAGAGAGGGCAGCAGGGAACUCCAGCCAAAACCCAACAAAGGGAAACACGGAAAUAAAUCAGUAUUCAGACUGAGCCAUAAAUGUUCAUGUCUCCAUGGGGAUAGGGGUCGAAACAUUCUUUCGGGAUGGCCAGAUUUUAAGGGCAGGAUAUUCCAUGUUGUGUUCCCACUUUGUUCUCCUGGUCCCCAACCAUCCGCAUCCCGAAAGGAAGCUUAGGAAAUGUAAUGUUACCAAACACACAGUAUUUCUCUGCUAGAUGUAUCUGCAUCACCAUCCUGCAUCGCUUCUCCUUGGAUCUGCUGAUUCGGAAGCAUUCCCUUUGAGCAUUUGGGGGAGGGAUUUGGGUACCAAGGAAGCAAGGAGUUUCCCAGGAGAACAUGGAGUCUGGAAAUGUCAGACUUUCGAGAUGUGAUUCCUAAGAGGCAGAAUAUUCGGAGCCAAACAUGGCCAGGGAAAUAUAGAAGCAGGUAUAUGGAGGCAUCUCUGUCACAUCAUUGUUCUCUUUUCCUUGAGGGAACUUGGAAAGGAGUUUAAAGCCUUCAUCCAUAGGGCUCUUGUGCUUCAUCCAACUACCAACUUUAGAAAUAUGUAUGAUAUCCACAAAGGUUCAGGCGAAUGCAGCUCCAACGUUGACAUCUCUGAGGAUAUGUGCUCCUUGGUGGUGAUCAGCACCAACGUUUAGAUGGGUUGUCUCGAGUAGAGAGAGGAGGUGAACUGUCAGGGACACCACUACCAAGACUUAGGUUGGUUUCUCUCUGAGCCACACAAUCUCAGGACCUUAUCAUGUUUGGAAAUACUCCGUUUUAGUCAGUAUGUAUGCACCUUUUAGGACUGGAUGCAUACUGUAUUCAAACCCCACAUCACACCUGAUUACUAUGAUUCUUUGAAAAUACUUUGAGUCAACUCAUCGCAGAAGGCUGGCUUCUCCCAAUCCAUUUGAAUGCCGCCUACGUAAGUAAUAUUGCGCAGUGACGUAGCCUGGAAGUCUCAAACUACCAUUCUCAUGAAAUUUUAGCUGACAGAAGAUGUACUGAUUUUCCAAUCACACAUGAAAACAGUAAAUAAAAAACACGGUUAGACUCCCGUGUGCAAUUUCUCCAUUUUUGCAACACUUCGCAGACGGAUUCCAAUGGAUUACUGAUGAAACAGGACAUGUGAUAGGACCUCUUCGGAAUCAUUUUCAGGACCGUACAAUAUGCCUUUAUUACAGACAACAAAUCAUAAGGCAAUGCAAUGAUUAUAUAUAUCUUAAACACAUGUAAAAGAGGUGUGCACACACAAAUAAUAGGAACGGAGAUUCCACCUGAACAUUAGAAAGAACUUGCUAACUGUGAGAGCUGUUCAGCAGUGGAACUCUCUGCCCCAAAGUGUGGUGGAGGCUCCUUCUUUGGAGGUUUUUAAACAAAGGCUGGAUGGCCAUCUGUUGGGGGUGCUUUGAAUACGAUUUUCCUUCUUCUUGGCAGGGGGUUGGACUGGAUGGCCCACCAGGUCUCUUCCGAGUCUAGGAUUCUAUAAUUUGAUAUUGGGAAACAUAACGAAGGGUCACAGAAACGGAGUGUUUCCCAAUGUGAUAAGGUCCUCAAUCUCUCUUAUUCGCAUCUCUUUCAGCUCACUCCUCCCUUGACCUUAGCAGUGCUCUUUCCUUCUCUGUUGCCCCAUCCGUCCCUUAACUGUGGGGCCCGUCCUGCCCAAAGGAAGAGGCUAUUGUCCUCCAGAAGAAGAGAAGCUAUAGUCUUCUCCUCGGCCUCUUUGGACCCAACUCUUCUGCCCAGGACUCUGUCUCCACGACGGAGCCGAACGAUAAGAGACGCUCUUCCUUUGGCUUUGCUUUCUUAAUUUGAUGGGUUUUUUUAAUUUGUAUUCUUUUUGUGUUUUGCAUUUAGCACAUUGUACUUGAAAUUACCUCGGUUUCUUGUGACCUCAUGAGCUUGUUUGCAUCGGCUGUUUUUUGGGUGGGGAAAGGGGAAGGGAAGGUUAGGAUGGUGGAAAAGGCUGCUGGAGAGGGAGAGCGUGUCUGGGUUUGCAUAAAGCCUGGGUGUGGGUUUGCAGAACCCCCGGGUCUGGGUUUGUAGAAUGCCUGGGUGUGGGUUUGCAGAACGCCCGGGUCUGGGUUUGCAUAAAGCCCAGGUCUGGGUUUGCAAAACACUUGGGUCUGGGUUUGCAUAAAGCCUGGGUCUGGGUUUGCAUUAUGCCUGGGUCUGGGUUUACAUUAAAAGCUGCUGGAGAGAAAGAGUGUGUCUGGGUUUGUAGAACGCCUGGGUCUGGGUCUGCAGAACAUUCGGGUGUGGGUUUGCAGAAUGCCCAGGUGUGGGUUUGCAUCACGCCUGGGUCUGGGUUUGCAUAAAGCCUGGGUCUGGGUUUGCAGACCACCUGGGUCUGGGUUUGCAGACCACCUGGGUCUGGGUUUGCAGAACUCCUGGAUUUGGGUUUGCAACUCGCCUGGGUCUGGGUUUGCAUCUUGCCUGGGUCUGGGUUUAAAUCACGCGUGGGUAUGGGUUUGCAGAACGCCCAAGUCUGAGUUUGCAUCUCGCCUGGGUCUGGGUUUGCAGAACUCCUGGAUUUGAGUUUGCAUCUCACCUGGGUCUGGGUUUGCAUCUCGCCUGGGUCUGGGUUUUUUGGAACACCCGGGUCUGGGUUUGCAUCACGCCUGGGUUUGCAUAAAGUCUGGGUCUGGAUUUGCAUCACGCCUGGGUUUGCAUAAAGUCUGGGUCUGGGUUUGCAUCACGCCUGGGUUUGCAUAAAGUCUGGGUCUGGGUUUGCAUAAUUCCUGGGUCUGGGUUUGCAGACCACCUGAGUCUGGGUUUGCAGAACUCCUGGAUUUGAGUUUACAUCUCACCUGGGUCUGGGUUUGCAUCUCAUGUGGGUCUGGGUUUGCAGAACACCCAGGUUUGCAUCACGCCUGGGUUUGCAUAAAGUCUGGGUCUGAUUUUGCAUAAUGCCUGGGUCUGGGUUUGCACCAUGCCUGGAUCUAUCUGUGGCCCAAAUGCAGCCGCACCGAAGACCCUCUGUCUCCGGUUUCCCAUCCGUCAGCCUUAUCACUUUUGUUUUGCAUCGUGCAUUAUUCUUACCAAAAUGGGUGGUUUUUUUUAAAAUGUUUUCGUGACCCAUAACUCCCUUUGAGGGAAACUGGGUCACAAUAUUAUCUCGAAAGCUACCUCUUUUUUAAGUUGGGUUUUGGGGCGGGUAGGCGGGCGGGCGUUGUGUCGGUUUGUUUUGCAGUUACGCAAGCACAGUUUUGCAAUACGGGAGUGUCGUCCUUUCUUUUUUCUUUUUGGGUUGGCUUGGUGAUGUCCGUUUCAACAUUCUCAUCUCAUGCUUUUAUAUUUUGCCAAUGUGUAGAAAAAUUAUUUUUAUUUCGUAACUGAGCUGCAUCUCUAUACGGGGUGGAAGUAGGGAACGUGAAUGUUUUUUGGGAAGCCUUGUGUCACGAUAUAGCAGGCAUGGGCGAACUUGGGCCCUCCGGGUGUUUUGGACUUCAAUUCCCAUCAUUCCUAACAGCCUCAGGCUCUUUCCUUUUCCUUCCCAGCCGCUUAAGCGGCUGGGAAGGAAAAGGAAGGAGCCUGAGGCUGUUAGGAAUGGUGGGAAUUGAAGUCCAAAACACCCGGAGGGACCAAGUUGGCCCAUGCCUGGUCUAGAUGGACAAAAAGGGAUUUUUUAAAUGUCUGUAUUGCUGUCUCCUCGACUCGCACCCCGAAAUCCCACUUGGAUCCUGUCGCAAAUGGUCGCAAAAUCCUGGAAGGCCUUAAACUGGGGAAUAUAUAUGUCUGUAUAGCCAUGGAGAGCAUUUUAAGUGGGUGGAAAAAGACAAAAAAAAAACAAUUAAACUUGAAUAUAUGGAUCUUGAAUAUAUGGUGUUCAUGGAAAAGAGAAAUAUGCAGUAAGCGUACCAAUGUCCCGUUCGGCACAGCAAAUGUUGGUGGGUUUUGUGAUUGUCGGUUGUUUAUUUUGAAACAAUGGUGUGUCGUCGAAGGCUUUCAUGGCCGAUAUCAUUGGGUUGCUGUGAGUUUUCCAGGCUUGUAUGGCCAUGUUCCAGAAGCAUUCUCUCCUGACGUUUCACCCACAUCUAGGGCAGGCAUCCUCCUAGGUUGUGAGGUCUGUUGGAAACUGGGCAAGUGGUGUUUAUAUAUCUCUGGAAUAAAGUUUGGGUUGCUGUGAGUUUUCCAGGCUGUCUGGCCAUGUUCCAGAAGCAUUCUCUCCUGACGUUUCGCCCACAUCUAUGGCAGGCAUCCUCAGAGCUUGUGAGGUCUGUUGGAAACUGGGCAAGUGGUGUUUAUAUAUCUCUGGAAUAAAGUUUGGGUUGCUGUGAGUUUUCCAGGCUGUCUGGCCAUGUUCCAGAAGCAUUUUCUCCUGACGUUUUGCCCACAUCUAUGACAGGCAUCCUCAGAGCUUGUGAGGUCUGUUGGAAACUAGGUAAGUGGGGUUUAUAUAUCUGUGGAAGGCUUUCAUGGCCAGAAUCACUGGGUUGCUGUGAGUUUUCCAGGGCUGUCUGGCCAUGUUCCAGAAGCAUUCUCUCCUGACGUUUCGCCCACAUCUAUGACAGGCAUCCUCAGUGGUUGUGAGGUCUGUUGGAAACUAGGCAAGUGAGGUUUAUAUAUUCAGGAUGGGAGAAAGAACUCUUGCCUGUUGGAGGCAAGUGUGAAUGUUUCAAUCGGCCUCCUUGAUUAGCAUUGAAUAGCCUAGCAGCUUCAAAGCCUGGCUGCUUCCUGCCUGGGGGAAUCCUUUUUCAUGGUGUCUCCUUGAAAGGCCUUCCCUUCCUCGGUCCCAUCCCAUUCGCCAAGCGCAAAAGUGUCGGACUGAUAAAUUAUUUGCAAAGUAUGAUAUUUUUGUAACAUUUGUGUUCGUAUUUUUUUUGGCAAGACAUGGUCCCUUUUCCUUUUGUGACGUGGAUGAGAAUCUAUGUGUGAGAGAGAGAGAGAGAAAGAGGGAGACAUAGUAUUAAAUAAGUCAUGCAGUAUUGCCGUAACCCAGUGCCGGGUUACAAAGGCACUGGGAAAUGUAUUGGAUCUACUGGUUGGUGUGUGUGAGCUUUUCCAUUUGCAGGAGUUGUAUUGUUUAUAUAUAUUACUAGCUGUGCCCGGCCACGUGUUGCUAUGGCUAGGACUUAAUUUUUCUUUUCUUUUUGUUGUAUGAACGUAGAGGCGUGGAUGAGAGGUUGUGCUGUCAAUUUUCGAGGUUGUGGGGCAUUUAGUUUAGUUGUUUUGUCCGGUGCCGUGAUUCCAUUACCCUUUUAUAUAUAUAUAUAGAUUUUGCAAAUUAGCUUAGCGCCACAUAUGAAGCAUUCCUUGUGGAGUCACGUUUCUAUGGGUGCAUCUACACUGCAGAAUGGAUGCCGUUUGAUUCCACUUUAACUGCCCUGGUUCAGUGCUAUGGAAUCCUGGGAAAUUUUUGCACUCUUUGGGCAGAAAAGGCUCAAGACCUUGCCAAACUUCAACUCGAAUAGAUUCCAUGACAUUGGAUCGUGCCAGUCCAAGUGGCACCAAACUGCAUUCCUUUCCAAAGUGUAGAUAGAUACAUCUUGUCUUGCCAAUGCGACUUCAGCCAAACAAUGUUGUUCUUCUCUGAUCGGAAACGUUUUGAUUUUUUUUGGAAUGGGGUUUGCUUGAGAGAAAUCUCCUUUUCACGUCAUGAAUGUUGGUGUUGUAGACAGGUGCUUUGCAUGUGAUCUGAUGAACACGUUGAGAUUGUAAAAGGGAGCGCAUGGUUUGGCUGCGCAAAGUGGAUUUUAAGUAUAGAUUCAUCACCAGAAUAAGUGACUGUUGCAUUUUUCCCAUUUGUUUCAUUCGUUCCCCACAAAUCAACCCAUUCUUUUCAUGGGUGUUCAUAGUACAAAUGCCUUACCGGAUUAUAGUCAAAUCCACAUACAUAUUGUCUGUCCUUAUGGGCGUAUAGAUCCUGGUCUGAUUGCGAUUGCUGUGUUGGGAAUAAACUUCAGAAACCGAAAGGCAGUAAGAAUAUGUAAACAUGUGCAUGCAAGUGCAAUUGACAUGUCUCUGUGCGAGGAAAAAAGGGAAAGAACUCUUUUAGUUUUCCUUUUGCUGCUUUAGGGGUGAGGCAGGCUCUGUUUUCAUACCUUGGGAAAAGUGGAUUCUCGGACACUUUGUGUGGAUUCUCGGAUGCUUUGUGCCUGCAGAAAAAGGGAGAGCAAUGUAUGUGCAUUUGGGUUUUUGACAUUUGAAAGAGGAAGGAAAUAAUGCCAUCAUGCUUAGUCAAUUAUUUGGUACCAUGGCGGAAUGGGUUGGACUUUCUAGCUGAAGCUAUGGUAUGAUUUGCAAAGAUCUUCUAGUUCAAAAUCUUUGGUUUCCUAUUCGUUUUAUAAACUUGAGCCUUUUUACAGCAAGAGGAGUGCAAUCACAGCAAAUCUUGUGCAAUGAGUCCAUCUUUGCUGCUAUGGUUCUGGAGUCACAUGUCUGUGGUGCAUCUACACUAUGGAAUUAAUGCAGUGUGACUUUAACUGCCAUGGCUCUAUGUGAUGGAAAUUGUAGUUUGGCGAAACACCAGCACUCUUUGGAAGAGAAGACUAAAAGCCUUGCAAAACUGCAACGUCCAGGAUUCCAUAGCCUUAACUGGUGUCAAACGGCAUUCGUUUUACAAGGUUCCUGCAAUUGAUGCUCGGCACCAAGUUGUAGGAAAAUAAGAAUGGAAUUCGAUUGUUGCAGUAAUGGAUUGGGCCUCUGUGAAAACCCAAAACGUGAGUUACGAUCGCAUCCAAGUUGCAUCAACAGGAUGCCAGUUGGAGUGUUUUUGAAUGGAGAUUCCAACCAAAAAACAGAGGAAUUUUUCCAAUCUUGCAAGGACAAUUUUACUUCAAGGAAUAUUUCACAAAAGCUAUAAGAACUGUAAGAAUAAGUGAGAGUGGCAGCUCUUAUGGACUGUCCAAAAUCCUUCAAAGGGCUGUAUGUGGCUUGCGAGUUGUAUCUUGUGCAGGUUCGACCUACAUUUUCAAAUUAAUUCUGUUUGACCCCCCACUUGAACUGCCAUGGCUCAAUGCAGUUGAAUCAUUUUAGUAUCCACUAAGACCGUGGGUCCAGGGCCCAGCACGCUAUGCUAUAUCAAUGGUCAAAACAGGACUCGAACCGAGUGGAAAGCAAAAAGAACAGAGGUUCAUUCUUUCGUGCCUGAAAGGAUGUCGGAAUAGAGUCUGUGCUCCCAAAGAUCUGAUAUAUUUCAUUUGGAAAUUUAGAGAAUGUUUAUUUUUUGAUAGCCAUUUGGAAUACCCACGCUAGCCAUUUUUAGCCAUUUGGCUGACAAACAGCUAUGAUCUGAGUUCCCAUUUUCUGGGGAUUUGUGGUUGGAGUUCCCUUGUGGCGGGAAAAAUAAACAGCUGAAAAAAGUUUUGGUCCAUUCAUUUUUCCACGUCUCAAGAGGGAUGCGAACCCUAGGAAUGUAGUUUGUCAACAUGUAAAUGAGUUCUUGAUUAUCUUAACAAUUUAGCUUGAAUACAUGUAAAGGAAAGGGUCUGGUAAACACAAUAAUAAAUUAUGAUAAAUAGUAUUAUAGGCAAAACCUUUCCUGCAACUUGUGUGCUGAUUCUCAUCAGCAGAUCUCAGUGGAAAGAUGGGGAAAAUCCUCAAUGACAGCAGAAAAUAUGUUGAUGAAAUGAUGAUUUUUCAAUGGAAGGGGGUUUUAGAUAAUGGGGUUAAUAUGGACUAUGUGAAUGGGCUUUGUGUGUGUGCCUUGAGCACCUUCUGCAACCCUGUCCUAUUGUGACAAGAUUAGGUGCAUUGAAUAUACACAUCCAGGUGUGGCUAAACAGAUAUUCCAGGAAUUAAUGGAGUUAUAGUUUGGGGAGGUGCCAGUGCUCUUUGGCAGAGAACGCCGAAGACCUUGUCAAACUACAAGUCCCAUGAUUCCAGAGUAUUGAGCCACGGCGGUUCAAGUGGGGUCAAACAGCAUGAACUCCACAUCUUUUGUUGACCGUGCCAUGACAUCCUCCAGUUCUUGGUCACCCAUUGAGUUUGGCAGAGAAAGCCAAAGACCUUGUCAAACUACAAGUCCCAUGAUUCCAGAGUAUUAAGCCAUAGCGGUUCAAGUGGAGUCAAACGGCAUUAACUCCACAUCGCUUGUUGACCAUGCCAUGACAUCCUCCAACCCUUGGUUGCCCAUUGAGUUUGGCAGAGAAAGCUGAAGACCUUGUCAAACUACAAGUCCCAUGAUUCCAGAGUAUUGAGCUAUGGCAGUUCAAAUGGAGUUGAACAGCAUGAACUCCGCAACUUUUGUUGACCGUGCCAUGACAUCCCCUAGCCCUUAGUCACCCAUUGAGUUUGACAGAGAAAGCCAAAGGCCUUGUCGAACUACAAAUCCCACGAUUCCACAGCAUUGAGCUAUGGCAGUUCAAAUGGAGUUGAACAGCAUGUACUCCGCAUCCUUUGUUGACCAUGCCAUGACAUCCUCCAACCCUUGGUCACCCAUUGAGUUUGGCAGAGAAAGCUGAAGACCUUGUCAAACUACAAGUCCCAUGAUUCAGCAUUGAGCUAUGACAGUUCAAAUGGGAUCGAACAGCAUGAACUUCGCAUCCUUUGUUGACCGUGCCAUGACAUCCUCCAGUUCUUGGUCACCUAUUGAGUUUGAAAGAGAAAGCUGAAGACCUUGUCAAAUUACAAGUCCCAUGAUUCCACAGCAUUGAGCCAUGGCAGUUCAAGUGGGAUCAAAUUGCAUCAUCUCCGCAUCCAUAGUUGACCAUGCCAUGACAUCCUCCAACCCUUCGUUGCCCAUUGAGUUUGGCAAAGAAAGCCAAAGGCCUUGUCAAACUACAAGUCCCAUGAUUCAGCAUUGAGCCAUGGUGGUUCAAAUGGGGUUGAACAGUAUGAACUUUAUUGACCGUGCCAUGACAUCCUCCAGCUCUUGGUUGCCCAUUGAGUUGCCGUUGACAUCUCUGGGUUCAGUUUUGCUUAGUAUCCGAGAAUAGCGCGUGGCCUCCGGAUUCCGUCUUUCCGUGUAACAUCCCUAUAAAUGAAUUCUAAAAGUAUAUAUAAAUAUAGAGGUAUAUCUAAUAGCACUGAGGACCAAUUUUGUCAUCCUUCCGAGGACCAAGCGGAAUUUAAAAGCUUACGGUUGCAUUUGUUUCUAUGGUUUCGCGUUUUCGCUCGUCUCUUAAGUGUCGUGACAGCACAAGUGCCGGUUUGAUCGCUAUGUAUUAUAUAUAUAAAAAAAGUUUUAAAAAUAGUGGUUUUAAUUGCUGUCCUGGCUCAGUCUACCUCAGCACCUCCUCUUAGCCUAAUUUUAGAAGGUGCCCAUUCUUUAUUUUUAUUUUUUGCGGGGUUGUGUGGGGGGAUUGGCGGGAGAAUUAUUUUUAUUAUUUGAUUUUAUUAUUAUUUUCGAGUAUCUCCAUGAUGUCUUUCUCUUCUUGUAUAAAGAUGAUAUACCGCUUUGGAUUUUUUUUAUUAUUAUUAUUCUCCUUUUUUUGCUGUGCUGCUUGUGAGUCUUGUUGUGUGUCCCUCUAGAAUCACAGGUGCAGUUUAGCGUAAUAAAUGAAUUAAAGAAAUACACAAACGUACACGCAAACACACACAUACAUAUGUUCAGAUUUCCUACCCAUCCACCCUUCCGAAAUAAAAAUAAAAGUUGUGACGUUUCUCUCUUUCUUCUUCUUCUAGUCGCUGUUUUCCAGUUCUGCAUCUGUUCUAUGUUUGGGUGCAGGUGACCGUCCUUUGUAAACUUUCAGUGUUUCUGGCGAGGAAUUGAAAAAAAAAAGUUUUUUAAAAUAAAAUAAAAUAAAUAAUAAUAAGAAAGAAAGAAAGGAUUUUACUGCUGCAGGUUUUUUUUUCUCUCUCCAUUUGUCACGAAGUGAAGUUUGUGCCUUCUUAUAGCAAAGAGAAUAUUUUUUACAUCCUACUAACAGUAGAUUUUUUUGUAGUCGACAUUUUUUGUAUUUUUAUUUAUAAGUCUCAUAAGGAAACGAAAAUAGCAAAACUGUUCAGUUGUAUACCUUGAAUCUGCAGUUAGGAAAAUAAAAAAACGGAAAAUAAAUAAAAGUUGAUUCAGUCGUUGA